AGGAGGGACCUUCAAAGGGUCCAGCUAGCUCAGAGUAUCUGCAGUAGUCGUGCGUCAGUGCGCCACCACCGGGCCGAGUCCAUUUUCCGCCGCCUUCCUUGACAAAAGAUGUCGGCCAGUUGGUUUUCUCAACCAUGUUCGGAGAUUGAAGGUAGAAUCUUCAGGCAUUGCCCAUGCUCAUUAACCUACCAGCAAGAGAAAGAGAAGAAGAAGGCCCAAGCAAAAGCUGACACCGCUGGGAAGGAAAGUCCUCCUGCCGACAUUGUUGAGAGAAAGAACUUCGCCAAUCCCGCCGAUGCUAAUCUUAGGCGGGGCGAGAAAAGGCACAACGGCCCCGUCCAAGAUACCCCUGCUGGAAAUAUUGUGCCCCCACAAUCAUUCCUUCAGCCUAGAAAAGCUCCGCGCAUCCUCUUGCCUCAAGGUUCCCAAGGCUGGCGGAGCAACCUUCUCCUUCUCAUUCGAUUGGGGCCGUGCAAUCGGCCACUACUUUGCACGUCGCUUCGGAAAUUCAACCUUCCGCACUUGAGACGGAAAUUAGGGCGCAAGUCAUGACUUCGGUGGGCAAGGAUGAGUCAACCGAGGUCAAUUCCAUUGGACACCUGGAAGAGGUUUCCACAGGGUCACAUGAGACUACUCCCAUGCCCGAGGAUCACGCCCUGGAGCACGUGACCGGGCUGACAGAGGAAGACUUCCCACACGUUCCAAACUCUCAGCGGGCCAUUUAUGGCCCUGAACUUUCUUCGGCCGACACCGCGGCCAUUGAGGCUGAAUUUCAGCCCAUUUUCCCCACCGAAGAAAGUGCACCACCUGAGCCCAUCCUUAUGCUGACAUCGGUAGCUUCUGCCUUGGUGGUUGAUGCUAUUCCGUCCGAACUCCAACUUGAGGUUGGAGAGUCUUCAUCCUUUACUCCUGCCGAGAUUACCAUAAAUCCAUCAGCGGUGGAUAGUGGAAGCUUGGCCUUGGUCCUUCACGAAGAAGCACCUCAAUCAUCCCCUAAUCAGCCCUCUGGUGACAUUUUUGGCUUCCUCGAUCAGUGGGAUGCAUCUAUAUCUUCAACAUAAGCUUCUGCUCUUCUUGCCACUUCUUCCACCACGACUGGGGCCUUACCAGAUUCCGGGGCUGAGGCCCUCCUUCAGUCAUACAGAGAUAGAGACCUCAUGUCCUUAGAGGACAAGGAUGAAAGGGACAAACUCAAGGCUGCCAUUGAGACUUUGGCGAGCUCUGGCUUUUUUUCAAACCCAUGCUCGGACGCUAUGAUCACAUAUCUCUUUGGUUAGGUGGAGAAGUUUGUCUCCCGUCGCCGUUCUCUUCUGGAGGAGCAAAGGAUGGGCCAAGAUCUGGAGCAGCGGAUUACCUCACGUAAUGCAAUCAUGAGGAAGGAGAUCGAGAUUGCCCACCAAAUACAACAGGAGGUCGCAGAUAUUGAUGAGCAGGUGAGGCAGCUUCAAGAGAAGAGGGCCGCCAUUGUUGCCAAAGUCUUCAAGAUUGCCUGGAGCGGCAAAUUCGUCAGGAUGCGGCAGCUGUGGGAGCGUACUGAGAGAAGAAGCUGACCCUUCAGUCUACCUUGUCGAUCGGGGACGCUGCGGUGGAGAGCUUCAGGACUGCCCUUCGUACCCUUUUCCCUAAUGCUUAGGUUCAUACUCGGCCAUUGGAUGGCCCAUUUUGUACUUAGCUAGUUCUGUUUUAUUUGGUCACCAUAUGUGAUAGAACUAACUUAGUGUUGAGGCCCAAAAAAUCAUAGGACAGGCCCAUGCAUAUUUUAAAGCCCAAUCGCUAUCAUGCUAUAAAAAAAUGGCCUAGCUGAUGCACACAUGCCAUGCCAAGCAAGGCUACAAUUUGGCACGUGG